AUGAGCCAUGUUGUUUGGAACUCGUACACAAAAGAUGCAUUUGACAGAAACUGGAACGAUUUCCUCACAAAGUACGGCCUUGGAGGGAACAAGUGGCUUUCAGAGCUUUACGAAGAUCGCUCCCUGAGACAAUUCGUGAAGCAAUACGACAAUUGCCUAGCAAGCAGAGAGCUAAGAGAGAGAAAAUUUGAUGCUGCAGAUUUUUACACCGUGAUACCGUGUGCAACAAAAUUAGCAAUAGAGGCACAGUUUCAGCAUGUGUAUACCCACGAGAAGUUCAGGGAAGUUCAAGAUCAAUUAAGAGGUAAAGUGAAUUGUAUCACAAGAUCAAUGCAUUCCACCCUAGCUUUCACAACAUACAAAGUCGUAGAGCAGGUUUCCAACUCCACAUUCAACAAGUUUGUCGUCACCUAUGAUACAGUAUCACGAGAGGUAAAGUACCAGUGCUUGCUGUUCGAUUCAAGGGGCAUAUUGUGCCGCCAUUCCCUAAGCGUCCUAAUCUUUGAGCGAGUGGAUAACGUGGCACCGAAAUACAUACUGGAAUGUUGGAGCAAGAACAUAAAGAGGAGGCACACACAUAUCAAGAUCAGCCAAGAUGAGUUUCUAUUGGAGCUGAGAAGUAAGAGAUUCGACGAAUUGGUGUUUCGGUCGCACAAUACAUGCGAAUUUGUAUCCGAGUCCGAGGAGUUGACCGGAAUUCUGCACCGAGCGUUUGAUAAGGUCAAGGUGGAGAUGCAAGAAUAUCAAGAGAGAAGCAAAGGAAAAAGUUUGUUAUCCCACGAAGAAGCGACGUUGAGCGAUGUGAACGACCUUCAAAGCCUGCCACGCGUCAAAACAAGAGGCUGGCCCAAGAACAGACUUGAAUCAAACCUGGAAAAAAAGAUCUCAAAUGCGAUGAAGAAAAAGAAAAAGACAGCUUCAAGCGAGUUGAACCUUUUAGACAUUGGAUCAUCGAUUCAGUCAAGCUCCACUCUUUACAAUGCACCAGAUAUGAAUUAUCCAAGAGAGGAUUAUACGAGUUUUAGUUUUUAUUAA